AUGGAUUUAUAUGAGGAACCUGCGAGCUAUCUCCUAUUAAGAACAAGCACAGAAAGUGAAAGUGCCUGGUUACGAGACCUAGCGAAAGAACUCCCGAAAACAUGCAGGCUUGAUGGAUUUGACAUCUCGCUGGAACAACUCCCGGAUAGUGCACGCUUCCCGUCAGAUAUAAACUACCAUGUUCAGGAUAUCUUGGCACCAUUUCCCGUCGAGUUCCUACGGCAGUACGACGUUGUUCACGUCCGGCUCUUGGUCAUGGGUCUGAAGGCCGAUGAAUGGGAGCGUGCAAUUCGCAACCUUGGGAACAUUCUCCGGCCAGGAGGGUACUUACAAUGGACAGAUAUUGCACCGUUUGCCUCUUCUAUCGUGCCUGGUACGCCCGGUUGUAACGUGGACGAUGCAAAGAGAUACUUGGAGAAAUUCAUAGAAGUCAUUAGCAAUUAUGGGAAAUCUGGCAAGAGCGUCACGGAGCUGUACUCUCAUUUCAAAAAAUGCGGCCUCAAAGAUUGCACCGAGGACAUUUUGUUCCUUGAUGAACCCGAAUAUAAAGCCGUGUUGAACGUAAAUUAUGUGAAGGUUAUCUCACAUGUCCUGCAAGCAGCCUCCUCCGAGGCUGGUCCAAGCAGCGAUGCACUUCCGAUGGACCAAAUUGUUCGGCUGGAGAGAUUGGCCAUGAAGAACGUCCAAGAGACCAAUUCCUCGUUUCUGUACAAAUUAUACGUUGUCACCGGGAGACGUGGGUAG